UGUAGUCUCUGGUCCACUAUGACUGUAGUACUGUUGUUCCCCUCCGGACCAGCAGGAGGCGAGACAUCCUCCAGCAUCACCGGGGCGACAGGAUAAACCUUCCCCAGCAACGAACCGUCGUUCCUUCCGGCUCCGGUCCCUUAAACAAGUGGAAAGAUGCUGAUGCCCAAGAAGAAUCGCAUUGCUAUCUAUGAGCUCCUCUUCAAGGAGGGAGUCAUGGUGGCUAAGAAAGAUGUCCAUCUGCCCAAGCAUCCGGAGCUCGCUGACAAGAACGUGCCCAACCUUCAUGUGAUGAAAGCGAUGCAGUCCUUGAAGUCCUGUGGGUACGUCAAGGAGCAAUUUGCCUGGCGUCAUUUUUACUGGUACCUCACCAACGAAGGUAUCCAGUACCUGAGAGACUUCCUCCACCUUCCCCCAGAGAUUGUGCCCGCAACCCUGCGCCGCCAGACUCGCCCUGAGACCGCAAGGCCCAGGCCCAAGGGAAUGGAAGGAGAGAGGCCCGCCCGCCUUAACCGUGGCGAGGCUGACAGAGAUAAUUACAGGCGAUCUGCUGCACCCCCUGGUGCUGACAAGAAAGCAGAGGCCGGUGCCGGAGCUGCCACAGAAUUCCAGUUCAGGGGUGGCUUCGGACGCGGCAGAGGACAGCAGCCUCAGUAAAUUUCACCUCAUCUUUCUGUACAAUAAAGAAAAUCAAAAUACAA